UGGCAUUUUAACAGGAAGUGCUAUCUUUCCCAUGGCUAGUUAGAUGUUAGCGUUUAGCCAACUCGUUACCAGAUUAGUGAGAUAAACUAAAACCAACAACAGCAACAACCACAACAAAAAAAGGGCUACAAGGGAGCGCAGGAUCAACGACAUGUUAAACGACAAUGAGCUUGCAACUUUGAGAAACAGGUUUAGGAAAGAUGCCACAUUUCUUUUGCAAGGAACGGCAUCGGAUGACCAAGAUGAAAAGAGCCAAGAGGAGAAAGAUACAAAACCACUCCCUCGCAUUAACAGACACUCCGUUUUCUGGAUCGUGGCUUCCGUAGCUGUGACCUACUACGUGGAUUUCCUCCGUGUCAUUAUGGAGGAUGACGAUAUCAAAAGAUGGUGGUUCAAUGUGGGUUUAGUGCUGCUGGGAAUCUCCCUGUCUUUGGCCAUGUUUUGCAUCGUGUACCUGGAGUGGUUCAAAGGCAUCCAGCACUAUGACCAGGAGUACCCCGCCAUUCCUCCCAUCACCACAGCAGCCUUCAUCGCGGCAUCUUGCAGUUUUAACAUAGCACUGUGGCCAGUGUGGUCCUUCUUCACUCCGCUCAUACUCUUCACCCAGUUCAUGGGUGUGGUCAUGUUCAUCUCUGUACUGGGCUGAGGCUGACAGCUCCAGUGGCCUAUUUUUGUUGACCAUGUAAUUGACGUUUGUUUUAAUAAAUUAAUAAGAAAUUUGUUUUAAGAGUAAGUAUUGUGCCAUUUAUAUUUUUUAUUGACAAAACUACCAAAGCUCUUCAUUUUAUAGGCUAAUAGUCCCAAUGCAGUUGCAUUUGUUAAUAUAAAGUUGUGCUGAAUAAUGUAAAAUAAUGUUCAAAUGCGUUGGCUUUUUGUUUAAUAAACUUUUAUAAAUAA